GCGCCGCCACCGCUUAGGCCCGGGGCAGGCAAUGGCAGGGGACGUGUGAUCUCGGACAGUGAGAGGGCCACUGCUAUCAUGCCCGGGCGCGCGGGCGCCGCCCGGUUCUGCUUGCUGGCUCUCGCUCUGCAGCUACACUGGCCGCUGGCGGCGUGCGAGCCGGGACAGACCACAAGAGGAAGUCAAGAAGGCCCUCAGCUACAACAUGAACUUGUAAUACCUCAGUGGCAGACUUCAGAAAGCCCGGGGAGAGGAAAGCAUCCACUCACAGCGGAGCUCAGGGUCAUGGCUGAAGGGCGAGAGCUGAUCCUGGACCUGGAGAAAAAUGAGCACCUUUUUGCUCCAGCCUACACAGAAACCUGCUACACGGCAAGUGGCAACCCUCAAACCACCCCGCUGAAGUCUGAGGAUCAUUGCUUUUACCACGGGACUGUGAGGGGAGCCGAAGAGUCCAGCGUCACGCUCAGCACCUGCCGGGGAAUUAGAGGACUGAUUAUCGUGAGAAGUAACCUCAGCUACAUCAUCGAGCCCGUCCCCAACAGCGACAGCCAGCACCGUAUUUACAGAUCUGAACAUCUCAAGCUGCCCCCGGGGAACUGUGGGUUCGAGCACUCCAAGCCCACCGCUAAGGACUGGGCCCUUCAGUUUACACAGCAAACCAAAAAGCAACCUCGCAGAAUGAAACGGGAAGAUUUACAGUCUAUGAAGUACGUGGAGCUUUACCUGGUGGCUGAUUACUCAGAGUUUCAGAAGAAUCGGCAUGACCAGGAUGCCACCAAACACAAGCUCAUGGAGAUCGCCAACUAUGUUGAUAAGUUUUACCGAUCCCUGAACAUCCGGAUUGCUCUUGUGGGCUUGGAGGUGUGGACACAUGGAGAUAAGUGUGAAGUUUCAGAAAAUCCCUACUCUACCCUUUGGUCCUUUCUUAGCUGGAGGCGCAAGCUGCUUGCCCAGAAGAGCCACGACAAUGCGCAGCUAAUCACGGGCAGGUCCUUUCAAGGGACCACCAUUGGCCUGGCCCCUCUCAUGGCUAUGUGCUCUGUGUACCAGUCUGGAGGUGUCAGCAUGGACCACUCUGAGAAUGCCAUUGGCGUGGCUUCCACUGUGGCCCAUGAGAUUGGCCACAACUUUGGCAUGAGCCAUGAUUCUGCCCACUGCUGUUCUGCCAGCGCAGCCGAUGGCGGGUGCAUCAUGGCAGCAGCCACUGGGCACCCUUUCCCCAGAGUGUUCAGUUGGUGCAACAGGAGGGAACUGGACAGGUAUCUGCAGUCUGGAGGUGGGAUGUGCCUCUCUAACAUGCCAGACACAAGGACGCUGUAUGGAGGCCGGAGGUGUGGCAAUGGGUACCUGGAAGAUGGGGAAGAAUGUGACUGUGGGGAGGAAGAGGAAUGUAAUAACCCUUGCUGCAAUGCCUCUAACUGCACUCUGAAGGAAGGGGCCGAGUGUGCCCAUGGUUCCUGCUGUCACCAGUGUAAGCUGGUGGCUCCUGGAACCCCGUGUCGUGAGCAGGUGCGACAGUGUGACCUUCCCGAGUUUUGUACCGGCAAGUCGCCCCACUGCCCCACCAACUUUUACCAGAUGGAUGGCACCCCCUGCGAGGGUGGCCAGGCCUACUGCUAUAACGGCAUGUGCCUCACUUACCAGGAACAGUGCCAGCAGCUGUGGGGACCUGGAGCCCGGCCUGCCCUCGAUCUCUGCUUUGAGCGGGUGAAUGCAGCUGGAGAUACCUACGGGAACUGUGGCAAGGGCCUGAAUGGCAAAUACAGGAAGUGCAGCCCCAGGGAUGCCAAGUGUGGGAAGAUCCAGUGUCAGAGCACCCAGGCCCGGCCCCUGGAAUCCAACGCGGUCUCCAUUGACACCACCAUCACCUUGAAUGGGAGGCGCAUCCACUGUCGGGGCACCCAUGUCUACCGGGGUCCUGAGGAGGAGGAAGGGGAAGGUGACAUGUUGGACCCAGGCCUGGUGAUGACUGGGACCAAGUGUGGUCACAACCAUAUUUGCUUCGAGGGACAGUGCAGGAACACCUCCUUCUUCGAGACUGAGGGCUGUGGGAAAAAGUGCAAUGGUCAUGGGGUCUGCAACAACAACCAGAACUGUCAUUGCUUCCAUGGCUGGGCUCCACCUUUCUGUAACACCCCAGGAGAUGGCGGCAGCAUUGACAGUGGUCCUUUGCCCCCCAAGAGUGUGGGUCCCGUGAUAGCUGGGGUGUUUUCGGCCCUCUUCCUGCUGGCUGUCCUCGUGCUGUUAUUCCACUGCUACAGACAGAGCCACAAGCUGGGCAAGCCCUCGACCCUCCCCUUCAAGCUGCGGCAGCAGUUCAGCUGUCCCUUCAGGGUGUCUCAGAGUGGUGGAACUGGCCAUGCCAACCCAACUUUCAAGUUGCAGACGCCCCAGGGCAAGCGAAAGGUGACCAACACCCCUGAAACUCUCCGGAAACCCUCCCAUCCUCCUCCCCGGCCCCCUCCAGACUACUUGCACGUUGAAUCCCCACCUGCUCCGUUGCCAGCACAUCUGAACAGGGCUGCCAGGAGCUCCCCAGAGACCAGGGCUCAGGUAGAAAGGAAGGAGUCAGCCAGGAGGCCUCCCCCAAGCCGGCCCAUGCCCCCUGCACCGAACUGCCUACUGUCCCAGGAUUUCUCUAGGCCUCGGCCACCCCAGAAGGCACUCCCAGCGAACCCUGUGCCAGGCCACAGGACCGUUCCCAGGCCAGGAGGCACCUCCCUGCUGCAGCCACCUGCUGCUGGUCCUCAGCCUCCCCGGCCUCCCACAGUAUCUCUUCCAAAGCUUCCUGAGUACAGAUCGCAGAGGGCCAGAGGGAUAACUAGCUCCAAGAUCUAGAACUGUCUAGAAGUUUCUUGUUUCCCUUGAAGACUCUGGAUGCCAUAGAAGGUCCAGAAGAAAGAAGCCUGCUCGGCGGCCCUGAAGCCUCUCCAGCCUUCUGGAACCCCCUCAUCUCCAGAAUCUCCUUUCUUGCCCCAGUGCCUCCUGUUUCCUCUGAGGCCCAGAGGGACUUCUAUCUGAUGGCUUCUAAGUGUUGUCCUGUGCAAUAUACAGCCCUAGCAGGAAAGGGGAGCAGAUGGAGGAAGAUGGGGAAGAUUGUCCCUCAGCCCCCUAGCCAAGAGCUACCAAUGAUGGUCAGGGAAGUCUUGAGCUGGUGGUUGGCGGGCGGAGUGGGGGGGGGUCCUCUUUCUGUGCCGAGCUUGGAGAAGGCAUCCACCCAGGUCCCACGCUUCUGUUGACUGGCCUGCCUCUGGGAACCCCGGCUACACAGAGGAAGGGCCUUACCUGUCCCUUGGCUUUUAGGGACCAUGGAAGCCACUGUUGCAUCCCCUACCCCAGGGCUUGGUCAAGGUGCCUCUUUCUGGUUAUAUGGCUGCAUGUGACAAGCCAUGCUCCCCUCCCCUGCCACCCCUCACAUUCUCAUCCCCAUAUUUACACGAGUCAAUCUCUGACUCAGACAGGUACUAUUUGUAGGCAGUGUAGACAGCAGUGGGGAGUGGUCAGCCUAUGUCCCCUCUGAGCCGUGAUGCCAAAGGUUGCUAGAAUCUCCAGUUGUACAUCCCCAUUGGUCCAUGUGUCCCCUUCUCCUCCCUCUAACAACCUCCCUAUCCUAUGGUGCUUUGGUGGUGAACCACAGCAAUCCUGACUUGCUGGUGACCAUAUGCUUGUGACCGACAAAUCAGGAUCCUGCUUCACAGGGUAGGCACUGGACUUCCUGCACUGGAUCUCGAGAGCAUUGAGCAGAGUGGGCUUGGGGGAGAGAGAGAGAGAGAGAGAGAGGGGGGGGGGGAGGAGAGUGUGAAGAGAGUGUGUGAACCAGCUCUGCAUGUAAUUGUGAUUUUGGGCCUCAAGCAGGAUAAGGGGCCCCCUCCUUAUUUCUGACCUAUAUAUAUAUAUCCUAGGUGAAGUUCUCCAGGGCAGACACAGGUAUACUAAGGGGACAGAUAUGAUUGGAACCCCAGUUAUUAGGAAAGUACACACAGGGGCACCAGCUCCUCCCUAGUGGUUAGCUCUGAGGUGGGACUGUUGACUCUGAACAGGUAGUUGACCUCUUUGGAAGCUAUCAACAGCCAUGGCGAACCCGAUCUGGGCAGGGGGUCCCAGAUUCUCUUUAACCAGGGUUUUAUCACACAUGUCCAUUGGUUCUCUUCUGGUUACUGCCUAUAUGUGAUCCUCAUGGAAAGAGCUCUGGGAAGGUGGGGAUGGGACUUGGGCGGACCCCAUCUUGCCUGGAGCUCAGAAGGACGUCUUGGUGCUCUGCUAGUAAGGGCAGUUCCUACACAUUUGCUGGCCUUGGCCUCUGAGAGGCCAUCUUCCAUCCCCCAAAAGGUGCUGGAUAGCACUCCUAAAGGUCCACUAGGGGCCUUCCCACCACCACAUUAAGCAGUUGUUAGCUCUUGGAAACCACCCUGAGGAGGAGGCAAGAUGUUGACUCCCCUUUACCACCUCAGAGCCUCCUUAUAGCAUUCACAGAGUAAGCUCUGACUCGUGCUCUUGGAAUUGUGGGAAAUGUGGGGUACAUGGCUAGGGGUAGAAAGAGCUCAGGAAAACACCUUUCUCCUCAGGGUGACCGUGCUGCUCACACCCUGACUCCCUGAACCGUGAUGCAGAAGGCCACUGGGCCUAGGUGUCCAUUUUCCGCCAUCUGACAGCCUUCCAUUAAGUGCCACACCAAAUGACCAGUGACUGCAGGUGGGGUCCUCAAAACACCCCGACUCCCGCCCCAAAGUUAGAAACACCGUUUCCUUUAAUCCCAACCCUGUACCUUCUAGAUACUCUCCCUCAGCUCAGGAGGCGGGAGGCUCUGAGUGACAUUACCACAGCAACAGUCAACAUGAGCCUUCUCAACCUCAAGCCUUCUGUCCCUUGAGCCAUACCAGAACAAAGACCCAUUUCCUUGCUCUUUGGUAACCAUUUCCUGUUUUUCUUUUUCUUAUUUCAUUGCUUUGAUACCACCUCCAUCCCAUAAAACUAUACUGUGAACAGGAAGAUGGCAGAAUUUUUUAAUUUGGUAGGGAGGUUGGCAGCUACUCUUAAUUUACAACUUCAUUCCUGCCUCUGUUAUCCGAAGGCCGGGGAGGCUGCCCCCGGUGGGAACCCCUUCCCUUCUGCACUGUGAAGUGUUGCAUACAGACAGAGCUAGACCUCAAGGACAGAGUUUGUCCCUAAAGAUUGUUUGCCACUUAGGAUGGGAAAAAUAUUACUACAGGGCGAGGAGGGAGUGGUUGCCAUGGAACACUUUGAUCAAGCUACCCCAAGUGUGUGGGCAUCCAAGGCUGAAAAGGCCUUUUCUUGUGCAUAGAAAGUGAACAGGACUAGAAAUAGCUGUUCUGUCCCCAGCCACUGUAGAGAUGUUAGCAAACACUGGGGUAGGUCAAAGCCAAGGCUCUGGUGGACUGAGGGAAGUUCAGAGUUCGGUUUGUAGCUGGGUAUGGUGGUACACACCUUUAGUCCCAACAGAGGCAGGGGGAUCUCUGAAUUUGAGGCCAGCCUGUUCUACAAAGUGAGUUCCAGGACAGCCAGGGCCACACAGAGAAACCCUGUCUCCAAAAACAAAAUGAUCUGAGACGGGAUCUCAUGUAUCCCAGGUUAGCCUUCAACUCACUAAAAAGCCAAGAUGGCCUUUGAAUUCCUGAGUGCUUUCUAGGACUGCAGGAGUGUACUAUCACAGUUGGUUUAUGUGGUCCUGGGUUCAGACCUGGACCUUCAUGAGCAUCUAGGCAAAUACUCUGCCAACUGAGAUACAUCCCCAGCCCAGGCUGUAAAAUGUUCUUAGAAGCUAAAUUAGCUGUUUGCCAACUUUAGAACCCUAAAGCCAUUUCUGACCUGUAAACCUCAGGUCUCUAAUCCCUUCCAAGUUGCAACUUCCUGCUUGCUGCUUUCUGUUCCAUUUAGCCUUGGUGACUUCCACCUGUAAGAGAAAAAGCUCUUUUUCUACCCCUGCUCUGAGACAUUGUCGAUUUUAAGGUCUGAUAUUCCCUGCCAUGCAGCAGUCCCUGUCACUCUUUAGAAAACCGUUUCCA